CUAGCACGACCGCAUCAUCCAGACUACCUGUUUGUCUCCUAGCUCUCCCAACACCUCUAGCCUUCGAUUCGUAAAGCCUUCGUCACCACUCCCUGCCUUCCCAUUCCAGUCGCCUGACCUCACUGCAUGGCCUCUUCUUCCACCGGCGCCGGCGCCGCGCCGGGGCCUGCCUCGCCUACUGCUACCUUCACCAAGCCGGCUCCGGCUCCCCUCUCCCUUGCCGAGUCCUUUGUCAUGGGAGCUCUAGCAGCGUGUACAGCAGUUACGGUGACAAAUCCAUUCGAAGUGGUCAAGACGAGGAUGCAGCUGUAUGGAGAGCUGGGCACAAAGGGAGGCUAUCAGUCGCCCUUUAAGGUUUUUGGAGAGACGGUCAAGCACGAAGGUGUGAGGGGGAUUCAGAGGGGGUUGGGACCAGCAUACGUAUACCAGAUCUUGUUGAAUGGAUCUAGGCUUGGAUUCUAUGAGCCGUUCAGGGUGGGAUUCAAUCGGCUUGCUGGCAAAUCUAAGACGGAGGUGUGGGCGAUUGGAAGUCUUGCGGCAGGUGCAAGCUCUGGAGUGGUAGGAGCUGUCCUGGGUAAUCCCUUUUUCCUGGUCAAGGCUCGGUUGCAGGCCUACUCCCCGCACCUGGACCCUGCCUCUGCAAGACACAAGUACACAAGUACCUUCAAUGGUCUCUCUACGAUUGUGAAAGCAGAAGGCGCUCGUGGUCUCACACGUGGCUGGACAGCAGCCGUUCUCCGUACAGCAAUGGGAUCUACUGCUCAGCUUCCCGCCUACAAUCUGGCCAAGAGCUACCUGUCCAACCUCAAGCCAGAGGAUACCUUCACAUACAAUCCUGCUCUGUACCUAGCAGGUAAGCCAAAUAGCUUCUGGACCUACCUCGCCUCGUCCAUCUUCUCUGGUCUCUGCGUCUGCGCGGUGAUGCAGCCAGCUGAUACGGCUCUGACUAGGAUGUACAACCAACCUGUGCGGAUCGAUGAGAAGACGGGCAGGACAGUAGGCACUCUGUACAAGGGUCCAUUGCACUGCUUGUACCUCACUGCCAAGGCCGAGGGACCACUGGCGUGGUACAAGGGCACGACGGCGCACCUGGCAAGGAUAGCACCGCACACCGUGCUGACAUUGGUGAUGAAUGAAGCCUAUUCGAGGUGGUACCUGCAAGCGACGAGGGGUUGAAGUAGGGGUGGCAGGAGUUGCUCAGGGGUCGAAGAUGGCAAGGAAGAUUGCGAAGCUGAAUAGGGCGGAAUCCCACGAAGGAAGGUGCCCUCUAGGCGUUUCUUUCGGGUGCAGCAGGGUGGCAAGGCUGUAGCACACGGCAGAUCGUCGAGCUGGGAAGCUCACUGGCAUCUCUGAGAGUUGAGCAUGACCUCAUUUGCGCCCAUGUGGACGAAGCAUGAAAGAGAGAUUCAUUCGUCUAGCUGUAGGAAUCAUCAAAAGGCAUCGCAUCACCACCAAUACGCGUCAAUCUAUUCUCUCUACAUUGCCCAUUUGGCUUGACGUGACGAGGUGC